UUUCCCGCGUUCAGUUCAGCUGCGAACGCAGAACGUGCCAGACCCCAAAGUUCAGUCAAGACUCGAGAGCGGAAAUCCUGGGCAAACGCUUACGGAAAUUUAUUUCGCUGUAAAUUCAAAUCCGGCGAUACGAAAACACACGUAAAUAAACAUCAUCAGACGCGAGAAGUCAAAGGUCUAGAAAGAUGGGUUGUGCCACCACCAGCGUAAAGAUCACCUCGAUCGCUCUCAAUGCCAUUUUAGGGUUUCUGGCUCUGGGUGCUAUAGGAUGGAUUGCAUAUAAUGCCGAUGUGGAGACCAAGGCGUUCGUCAUAACUGCCUACAUAACCUGCUCCAUUAUCCUGAUCUUUGCCAUUCUGGGAAUCUAUGCAGCUGUCCGGGAAUCCGUGGCUUUGGCCUCAGCAAGUGCCGUGUUCCUACUUAUCCUGGCCAUUCCCCAAAUCGUGAGCACAUGUCUGGUACUGCAUCAAUAUGACGUGAAGAGUGGACAAGAGGCAGUUGAGCUGGCGUGGCAGGCCAACAAUAUGGAUGCACUGCAGCAGAAACACGAGUGCUGCGGGAAGAGCAGCGCCCAAGACUAUAUUCAUCUCAGCCAGCUGAUCCCGCCCAGCUGCUACCUCGAUCUCCAGCAGACUCCCGACCAUCUAUUCUUGGAUGGAUGUAUUGAGAAGCUGCAGAGCUUCUACGAGAGCGACAAGAGGCGCUUCAUCAUCGUUUCCUGGGUCCUAGUGGCCUUUGAGCUAAUUUGCUGUGCCCUGGCCGUCUUUCUGGCCAUUAGUUUUAAGAACAAGCAGCGGCGCAUGGAGUUCUAGGUUAACUGCCACCAUGACCUGAUCCCAUGGUACAAAGGGAGCUCGGAAUAAAGGUCUCGCUAGUUUUUCUCGCUUCGACAUUUCAUAACCAAACGAAUGGACAGUCAUAACUUAUUCACUUCUGUCAUAAACCUACCUGUAAUUAGAGUAAAUAAAUUUAUUGUAGUUUCAAUUACCCCUUAUAAUUAUCGAAAUAAAUGUGCGAGAUGUUUGUUUUCACAUCUUUCGCCACUUGUCA